AUGGAUGAAUUUACGGUGUCGAAAUUGAAAGAAUGGGAUCUACAUACAUUGUUGGAUGUUUUUGAAGAUCAUAUUACUGCUGCAUUGAUCUUGAUCCCAAGGAUAUUCCCAUCAUUAACCGUGAGCAUAUCGUCUAAUGUUGGUGGAACAAAAAAAAGAAAAAAAGAAAGUUGGAGACCAUCAAAUGAAGAAAUUUCGGAAGGCUUCAUCGUUAUUCUAAAAAAUAUUGCUCAAUUGCAAGAGAUUAUUAGCAUCAAAACUAAUAAGGCUACUUCGUUUGGGUUAACUGUUCAGCCAUAUGUUGCUUUGCUUUGUUCAGAUCCUCAGAAUGAAUUGACUGUCACAGCAUCGUAUGUUAUAAUAAACAAGUACACAUUUAAAGUAGAAACUCCACUAAAGGCAGUUGAUAUUUGUUUCAAAAGUUUUUUUGCACUAAAUUUAAAAUACCCUGUACAAUCAGACCACGUAUGGGAAUUUAUUCAAAAAUUCUUUUAUGGCAUCGUUACAGAAGAAGAUAAAAAAUAUCAAUGUGUUGAC